AUGUCUCUUUUUGUAACAGUAGGAUCGACAGGUUUCGAUGAUCUUAUACAUCAGACAACCGGCUCAGAUUUCUUGAACGCUUUAUCAGAGGCUGGCAUCAGGAAAGUUGUAUAUCAAUUUGGUUCAUCUGAACAAGUAUUCGCAAAAAACUUGCAAUCCUACAACGGCAAGAUCCUGGAUUUGGAUGGCUACAAGUAUAAAGCAUCCAUCGCGGAAGAUAUGGAGCAAGCAGAUGUCAUUAUCAGUCAUGCAGGUGCAGGCACGAUAUUGCAAGCAUUAAGGAUGAAGAAUAAGAAGCUAAUUAUAGUGGUCAACAUGUCAUUGAUGGACAAUCAUCAGUAUCAGCUUGCUCAAGCUAUGCAUUCGAGCAAUUAUGCCAUUUGCAGCGGCAUGAGCGAGCUAACAGAUACCCUCAGAAACAUCAACCAUAGCCAACUUACACCUUUUCCGGCUGCUAAGCCAGAGACAUUUGCUUCCAUCGUUGACGAGCAAAUGGGAUUUGCAUUAUGA